AUGCCCUCCAAACUAACCAUCCUCAUCACCGGCGCAAACCAAGGCAUAGGCUACCACGCCGCGCACCAACUCGCCGCCACGGGCAAAUACACCGUCCUGCUAGGAGCCCGCGACAUCACCAAAGGCCAGCGAGCCGUGGAACAAAUUCUCUCCAACGAAUCUACCAACGUCCAAAAGGGCGAUAUCCUCCCCGUACAGAUCGAUCUGUCGUCGGAUGAGAGUAUUGCCGCAGCGGUGAGGGUUGUCGAGGAGAGGUUUGGGGGGUUGGAUAUUUUGGUCCACAACGCCGCCGAAGGCGCCAACACCCCCGACCUCUCGACCCGCGAGCAAUACCUCGAAUCCUUCAACACCAACUCCUUCGGCCCCGUCGUCGCGACGGAAGCCUUCCUGCCCCUGCUGCGCAAAUCCGACGAGAAGAAAGGCGGGAAGCGUAUAAUCUUCCUCUCCUCCCUCCUCGCCUCCUCCACAGCAACAACCUCCCCAGCCUUCCCCUUCCCAGCGCACUACGUCUCCAUCUACCGCGCGUCCAAAGCCGCGCUGAACAUGUCCGUCCUCUCCUUCGCUUCCCUUCUCGGAGAGGAAGGGUUCACGGUUUGUGCGCUGGAUCCGGGGUACAAUAAGACGAGGAUGACGGGGUUCGGCGGGGAUAAAGAUCCUAGUGAGGGGGCGCGGGUGAUUCCUAUGGCGAUCGAGGCGGAGAGGGAGGAGGUGCAUGGACGGUUUGUGCAUUUCGAGGGUGGGGUGAGGGGGUUUCAUGAUUGGUAG